CCCAACCCACCGUUUUCGAUUUUUUGAACACCAAAACAUGAGCUGUACAGAGACUCGUACAAAACUCAAACACCUCUAAAAUGUAGAAAGCCUCUCUUUUCUGGGUUCUGAAGUCUGAACCUUCAGGCCUCUCUUCUUCAUCUUCUCCAAAAUGCUAUCCCUCUCACCUCUCCACCCAUUCCCUCCAAAACUCAUCCUCACUCGCUCUCCCUUCUUCAACCCCCAAAGCCCCAACCUUUACCCCCAAAGCUUCAACCUUUCCCCCAAAAUCCCUAACCUGUCCCCAAAACGACGCCGUUCUCUCAAAAUCAAAUCCCUAGACGCCGCUCAAUUAUUCGACUACGAAACCAAGCUGGCCGCCCAAUACCACUCCUCCCAAACCCUCAAGAUCGCCAUCAUCGGCUUCGGCAACUUCGGCCAAUUCCUCGCCAAAACCCUAACCCGCCAAGGCCACACGGUCCUCGCCUAUUCCCGCUCCGACCACUCCAAAACGGCAGCCGCCCUCGGCGUUUCCUUCUUCUCCAACCCCCACGACCUCUGCGAGCAGCACCCCCACGUCAUCCUCCUCUGCACCUCCAUCAUCUCCGCCGAGGAAGUCCUCAACUCCCUCCCCCUCCAGCGCCUCCGCCGCAACACUCUCUUCGCCGACGUCCUCUCCGUCAAGGAGUUCUCCAAAGCUCUGUUCUUGAAAUCCCUUCCGAGCUAUUUCGAUGUGAUCUGCACGCACCCAAUGUUCGGGCCGGAGAGCGCCAAGAACGGCUGGAAUGGGCUGUGCUUUGUUUAUGAGAAAGUGAGGAUUGGAUCGGAGGCGUCUAGAGUUUCGAGGUGUGACAAGUUCUUGAGCAUUUUCGAGAGGGAAGGGUGUGAAAUGGUGGAAAUGAGCUGUGCCGAGCAUGAUAAGUUCGCGGCGGAGUCGCAGUUUAUUACACACACAGUUGGGAGGGUGCUUGGGAUGUUGAGGUUGGAGUCGACGCCGAUUAAUACUAGAGGGUAUGAGACAUUGUUGGAUUUGGUGGAGAAUACGGCUGGGGAUAGCUUUGAUUUGUAUUAUGGGUUGUUUAUGUAUAAUAAGAAUGCGUUGGAGAUGCUGGAGAGGUUGGACUUGGCUUUCGAGGAUUUGAAGAAGCAGCUUUUCGGGAGGUUGCAUGAUGUUGCGAGGAACCAGUUGUUUGGGAAUGCUGAAAAGGUGAGGACGUUGCAGGAGGAGUAUGUGAAUCAGAAUGGAGCUGCAUUGGUGCGUUCUUCAAAAGCUGUGAGAUCCCCUAAAGUAGAUAUUUUGGAUAGCUCUGAAGACCAUUCAAGGCUAAAGAUUGGAAUUGUUGGUUUUGGCAACUUUGGUCAGUUCCUUGCUAAAACCAUUGUACGCCAAGGCCACAAAGUUCUAGCCUAUUCUCGGUCAGACUACUCUGAUGUUGCUCAACAGUUGGGUGUUUCUUACUUCUCGGAUGCAGAUGAUUUUUGCGAGGAGCAUCCAGAAGUAAUACUCCUUUGCACAUCGAUUCUUUCCACCAAGAAAGUUCUGAUGUCACUCCCGCUUCAGAGGUUGAAGCGAAGUACUUUGUUUGUUGAUGUUCUAUCCGUGAAAGAAUUCCCAAGAAGCCUGUUUCUUCAGAAUUUGCCGCUAGAUUUUGAUAUUCUCUGCACACAUCCUAUGUUUGGACCAGAAAGUGGUAAAAAUGGGUGGAAUGGUCUUGCUUUUGUUUAUGAUAGGGUCAGAAUUGGAAAUGACGAAUCAAGGGUGUCAAGGUGUGAUCAAUUUCUUGAUAUUUUUGUGCAAGAAGGGUGUCGAAUGGUGGAUAUGUCUUGCGAAGAGCAUGAUAAGCAUGCAGCAGGGUCACAAUUCAUCACACACACUAUGGGAAGAGUUUUGGAAAAGUUGGGUUUGGAGUCGACACCGGUCAAUACAAAAGGUUACAAGACUUUGUUGAAUUUGGUGGAGAAUACAGCAGGAGAUAGCUUUGAUCUCUACUAUGGAUUGUUCAUGUACAAUGUAAAUGCAAUGGAGCAGCUAAAGAGGCUGGAUCUUGCAUUUGAAGCAUUAAAGAAACAGCUUUUUGGGCGGUUGCAUGGUGUUCUUCGGAAGCAACUUUUUGAGAAUGCAGAUGAUUCUCAAGUUAUGAAGGAGCAGCAUUUGUUGCCAACACCAUUGGAGAAUGAAUCUGCAGCGACACCUUCUUUCGAGGCUCUUAACAGUCAGAACAACUAAAACCAUCUUUGCACCUUAUUUGUUCCUGUUGGAGGAGCUUGCUGAUCACUGCACCUGAAGGGAAUCAAUCAGUGAAGACAUUGUUGCUAGUCUGCAAUUGAGCUGCUUGAAGUUGGUUCCACAAUAAGCUUUAUCUGAAGUGAAUUCUGGAGCAGGUUGUGGUUGAAGUUGUUUAGGACAUUGAUAAAGGAAUAGAUUGUGGGAUUGGUUGUUCUUGAGCAAUAGUGGACAAUUGAGUUAUUUAAGUCGAAUGCACUACAUGAAGAAGUAAUUGAUCAACAUUGAACAGGCAUGAUGGAUUGGUAAGAAGACAUUGCCCUUAUCCAAAGUUGUGAUGUGUUUAAUCUGUCGGAGGUUUUUGGCUUUCCCUCCAUCUUUGGUACUGACUAUGUGGUGGUGUUGUAUCUUUAUUAGAGUAGCAGACGUGGAGCUCCAUUUUGGUGUCAAGGGAAGCUCCCGUAUGUAUUGUUUAUUGAAUGCUGAUCUUUCUUAUAUUUAUGCUUCCCCAAUUCUAUCUUCA